UUAUCAGGAUCUAUUUCUCAAUUCUAAUUUCCUCAGGAACUGAAUUAGUUUGAUAUCCCAGAUACGAAUCAGUAUUAAUAAGCAGAUUCAUUAAUCAUCCAACAAAUAUAGCUAAGCGGAAAUUAAAGAUGCAAGCGAUCAAGGAGACGUUCUACAUUUCGCACGGAUCGCCGAUGCUGUUGAUCGACGAGACGACUCCGGCCAGAGGAUUCCUCCAGAAAUGGAAGACGGAGGUGUUCCCGCAGAGGCCUUCCGCCAUUCUGAUAAUCUCCGGUCACUGGGACACCGAAUUCCCCUCCGUCAACGUCGUCCCUCUCAACGACACCAUUUACGACUUCUAUGGCUUCCCCAAAUUCUUGUACAAGCUGAAAUAUCCGGCACCGGCGGCUCCAGAUCUGGCAAGGAGGGUGAAGGAGCUUCUGGAAGCGUCGGGGAUAGAGCGCGUGGACGAAGACAGAACGCGGGGCUUGGACCAUGGCGCGUGGGUGCCACUGAUGUUGAUGUACCCUGAGGCAGACAUCCCGGUGUGCCAACUGUCAGUUUCAGGGCACAGAGACGGGACGUUUCAUUACGAGAUGGGAAAGGCAUUGGCUCCCUUGAAGGAAGAAGGAGUUCUGAUAAUUGGGUCCGGAAGUGCCACUCAUAACCUGAGAACAGCUCGCUGGGACGCCGGGGGCGAUGUUCCUUGGGCUGUUGAAUUCAUUUCCUGGUUGAAAGACUCUCUUCUUAACGGCAGAUACGAAGAAGUGAACAAGUACGAAGAGAAGGCACCACAUGCGAAAAUGGCACACCCAUGGCCAGAUCACUUGUUCCCAUUGCAUGUCGCCGUGGGCGCUGCCGGCGACAAUGCCAAAGCCCAGGUGAUUCAUGACAGCAUCCGUGGCGGUACCAUGUCUUAUGCCUCUUUUAGCUUCGCAUCUCAUACUCCCUCCUCCUCGUCAUCACCCGCACUUUGAAAUCUUGCAAGGUCAAUAAUUUACCUUUUAUUCUGUCUGCAUGAGAAGAAAAUUAGAGAGCCAAAAGAAUUCUAUUACCCUGACUCCUAAAUAAUUAUUCUUCCUUACAAGAUCCUAAAGUGGUGUACCUGUGGAGUCGGAACUCUUGGGGCGGCCUAGACGUACAGCUGCGAUAAAGGUAUAAAAUAAGAAGAAGAAUGAUAAAAAUAAGACUCAUUUGUGGGGCUACCCCUCUCCACCACCCCCUGCACGAUCCAAUAAUUAUUGGAGAGUCCCUACUUAUUUGUACAUUAUUAUCAUUAUAAUUUAAUCGCGUAUUCUAUAGUCCUUGA